GAUUCACGAAUAAGAAUGAAGCCUCAUUCAGGAACUCUUUUAAUAAAUAUAAUUACUGAAGAAAAUGGAGGAAAAGCAGAAUUAUAUGAAGGUGUUUAUCAGUGUACAGCAAGGAAUGUGCUUGGAGCAGCAAUUUCCAAUAAUAUUGUUAUAAGAGCAUCCCGAUCUCCUUUGUGGACUAAAGAAAAGCUAGUUCCAAUAAGAGUUACUGAAGGUCAAUAUACAAUUAUUCCCUGCAGGCCACCAGCAGGGUUACCACCACCUAUUAUAUUCUGGAUGGAUAACUCUUUUCAAAAGCUGCCUCAAAAUAAUAGAGUUUCACAAAGUCUAAAUGGAGAUCUCUAUUUUUCUAAUGUAAUACAAGAAGAUAGCCGUGAAGAUUAUAUAUGUUAUGCAAGAUUUAACCACACUCAAACUAUUCAACAGAAGCAACCUAUUUCAUUAAGAGUUGAACCAGUGGAUUCAUUGAAUGAAACAUUAACUGCUAAUAUGAGUGACUCUGAUUUUUAUGGUGUCAGAUUUUAUUCAGAAAGACAGCCAACUCUUCUAACACCUGCUGGAAAUGCAAGUAGCAAAAUUGAACUAAGAGGAAACACUCUCAUGCUGGAAUGUAUUGCAGAAGGAUUACCUACACCAUUAAUCCGCUGGAGCAAAGAGGGUGGCGACCUUCCUGUCAACAGGACUUUAUUUGACAAUUUUCAUAAAACCCUCAAAAUUAUAGAUGUCUCUCAAGCUGAUUCAGGGAAAUAUAAAUGUAUGGCAACAAAUCGUUUGGGUUCUGCUUAUCAUGUUAUUACAGUCAAUGUCAAAGCUGCCCCUUAUUGGAUAAGAGAACCUUCCAACCUUGUAUUAUCUCCUGGAGAAGAUGGUUCCUUGAUUUGUAGAACUAGUGGCAAUCCUAACCGCAUAAACUGGUUAGCAAAUGGAAUUCCAGUUGAAAUUGCUCCUGAAGAACCCAGUAGAAAAGUUGAUGGUGAUACAAUUAUUUUUACUAAUGUGCAAGAAAGAUCAAGUGCUGUAUACCAGUGUAAUGCUUCUAAUGAAUAUGGAUAUCUAUUAGCAAAUGCAUUUGUCAAUAUUUUAGCCGAACCACCAAGAAUCCUUACUCCAUACAAUAAACUUUAUCAAGUCAUUGAAAAUAAUCCUGCAUUGCUAGAUUGUGUUUUUUUUGGUUCACCUAUGCCUGAACUGAAUGAAUGGUUUCAAGGAAUGAAAGGUAGCAUUCUCCAGGGCAACCAGUAUGUUUUCCAUAAUAAUGGGACCUUGGAAAUUUUGAAAGCCCAAAAGGACAGCAGUGGCACAUACACCUGCAUAGCAAGAAAUAAACUAGGAAAAGCACAAAAUAAUGUUCAGUUAGAAAUCAAGGAACCCACAAUGAUUAUUAAGCAGCCUGAAUACAAAGUAGUACAAAGGAUGGAGCAGGUUUUCUUUGAAUGUAUAAUUAAAUAUGAUGCAACAUUAAUACCUACAGUUAUAUGGUUGAAAGAAAAUGAUGAAUUACCAGAUGAUGGACGGUUUAUUGUAGGUAAAUACAACUUGACCAUUAUGAAUGUCACUGAUAAGGAUGGUGGAGAAUAUACUUGCCUAGCUAAUACUACAUUGGAUAGUGUUUCUGCAAAUGCUGUACUCACUAUUGUGGAUCGUCCUAAUCCACCUUAUGAUUUGGAAUUAACAGAUCAUUUAGAAAGAAGUGUUCAACUCACUUGGAUACCGGGCAAUGAAAACAAUAGUCCCAUUACAGGGUAUAUUAUUGAAUAUGAAGAUGCUUUGCAUGAACCAGGAACAUGGAAUUACCAAAUGGAAGUCCCUGGUGUGUUUACAACUGUAAAGUUAAAGUUAUCACCAUAUGUGAAUUAUUCAUUUCGUGUAAUAGCUCUUAAUGAAAUUGGAAGGAGCCAACCAAGUGAAGCUUCUGAAAAAUACUUUACAAAACCUGCAAAACCAGAUGACAAUCCUAUUAACGUUCACGGGAUUGGAACGGAACCUAAUAAUUUGGUGAUCACUUGGAAGCCUUUAACGGAUUUUCAGUCCAAUGGUCCAGGUCUUCAGUACAAAGUCAGCUGGCAGCAGAAUGAUGGUGAAGAUGAAUGGACAUCUGUUACCGUUGCAAAUGUAUCUAAAUAUAUUGUAGCUGAUACACCAACUUUUGUUCCAUAUGAGAUAAAAGUACAAGCAUUAAAUGACUUAGGACUUGCACCUGACCCUUUAACAAUAAUUGGACAUUCUGGAGAAGACUUGCCAAUGAUUGCUCCAGGCAAUUUGCAAGUACAGGUUGUAAACAGUACAUUAGUGAAAGUGCAGUGGGAUCCAGUUCCAUUAAAGUUUGUCCGGGGUCAUCUUCAGGGAUACAAAAUUUACUAUUGGAAAGUCAAACAUUUAUCUGGAAAAAUUAAGCAGCAUGUGGAAAAAAGAAUGUUGACUUUCAGUGGAAAUAGAACACAUGGAAUGGUGCCAGGACUAGAGCCUUUUAGUUCUUAUAAACUGAAUGUAAGAGUGUUUAAUGGGAAAGGAGAAGGACCAGCAAGCCAAGAUGAAACAUUUAAGACUCCAGAAGGAGUUCCCAGUGCACCCUCUUUUUUGAAGAUUACCAAUCAAAAUCUAGACACUCUAACUUUGGAAUGGGGACCACCUUCUCAUCCAAAUGGAGUUCUGCUGGGAUACACAUUAAAGUUUCAACCAAUUAAUAGUACUCAUGAAUUAGGUCACUUGGAAGAGAUCAAUAUUCCUGCCAAUGAGACCAGCUUGAUUUUAAGUAACCUGAAUUACAGCACUCGAUACAAGUUCUAUUUUUAUGCACAAACAUCAGUUGGACCUGGAAGUCAAAUAACAGAAGAAGCAGUAAUAAUUAUGAACGGAGUGGAACCAGUGUAUCCAAGGAUCAAAAAUUUUACGGCAGCAGCUGCUGAAACUUAUGCCAAUAUCAGUUGGGAAUAUGAGGGUCCAGUUCAUGAGAACAUUUAUGUUGAAUAUGGUGUGGCAGGCAGCAAAGAAGAAUUGAAAAAAGAAAAUGUUAAUGGUUCUCGGAGCUUCUUUCUCUUAAAAGGAUUAACACCAGGAACGCCAUAUAAAGUCCGGGUUGUUGCGGAGGGUCUUUCUGGUUUUAGGAGCUCAGAGGCUGUAUUUGAGACAGGUUCAGCAAAGGCAAGUCGGCAGGUUGACAUUGCCACUCAAGGAUGGUUCAUUGGCCUUAUGUGUGCAGUUGCUCUUCUCAUCUUGAUUUUGCUCGUUAUUUGUUUCAUAAGGAGAAAUAAAGGUGGAAAAUACCCAGUGAAAGAAAAAGAAGAUGCACAUGGUGAUCCAGAAAUACAACCUAUGAAAGAAGAUGAUGGAACUCUUGGUGAAUAUAGUGACAUGGAUGAUCACAAGCCUCUGAAAAAAGGAAGCAGGUCACCCUCAGACAGGACUGUGAAAAAGGAAGACAGUGAUGAUAGUUUAGUUGAUUAUGGAGAAGGAGUCAAUGGCCAGUUCAAUGAGGAUGGCUCCUUUAUUGGACAAUAUAGCGGGAAAAAAGAGAAAGAACCUGCAGAAGGAAAUGAAAGUUCUGAAGCUCCUUCCCCAGUUAAUGCAAUGAAUUCUUUUGUCUAAUUAAAGAAACUGUUCCAUAUCAACAUUUACAUCACACUUAUAUUUGUUCCCCUAAUUAUAGAUAAGAGAAGAAACAAAUAUUCUAACUAAUGAAGUGUUUUUUCUAUAAGUAUAGAAUUUAAAACAAAAAUCUAAAUCAGAAUGCAAAACAUGAAGCAUUUUACACAGCAUUUGUUUAUAAAGAUGUUAAGAUGAGGAACAUCAGUUAAUAUUGCAAAUGCAGUAUAAUGCGUGCAAAGUCUUGCAUAUAUCUAAAAAUAAAUCAGUUAUGCCAGUGAAAAUGAUUUUCAGAAGUUGUUAAACAGUCUUUAACUAAAUCCCUCAAGUCCAUUCCCAUUGUCAGAGUGUUAUAGUAGUAUUACAUAGAACUUCAAUGUCUUUGUGGACAUUGCUGUGAAAUUGGUGACAAUGUCUAGCUUAAUGUCAUUAUGUCUCUUGCAAGACAGUUAGGAACAGGAUGUACAGUAUAUGAUUGAAAAUGACUAAGUAUGACAUAUUUUCUGAUGCUAACUGAGAUUCUGAUACCUGCUUUUUGCUUCUCUUAUUUUAAAGGCUUAUUAAUUAUGAAGUAUUACUGCACCACAGUGUUCUAUUUUUUGAAAUAUAGUACACACUGGGUUUUAUGUUUUUUUUUUGUUUUAAUUCAUUUUGGAGUUGUACACUUAUGGAUGUAAAAUUUUCAAAUUAUAAAAAAUUAGACCAGAAAUAUACAUGGCAAAAUAUAUUCAGUACCUUCAAAUAAUGUGCAUUUCAUUAUGUACUAUAACUGGCAUCAUCCACCAGGAAGUUUUCUGAACAUGGUAAACAUGUAUUUAAGCAACCACCAAACAAAUGCAGAAAGAGUACUUGCAGGAAUGUUCUCAAUGUAUUUUGUCUGACUCAGUUGAUUUUAACAGUGUGUGAUUAAUUGCCAAAGUAAUCCAAUCACUUUCAAAUACUCAGAUAUGUUGGUUUGAUUAGGAAUGGCUUGUAUUUAAGCUACAUUAAAACUCAUUGAGAUUUCAUUAUUUAUGGAGAUGAAUUAUAAAAUACAACUUGCUUUUUCAUGGUCUUAUUCUCAAAAUAAUAUGCGAACACUAUAACACUUCAACACUAUCAUUCCCCAACAUCUGAUGGGGAAGCUGACCCUAUUGGGCCUGAACACCUCCCUCUGUAAUUGGAUCCUGGACUUUUUGACUGGAAGACCUCAGACAGUCCGGAUCGCAAACAACACUUCUAACACCAUCAUACUGAGCACUGGAGCCCCUCAGGGCUGUGUGCUCAAUCCCCUGCUGUUCACCCUGCUGACGCACGACUGUGUAGCAAUGCACAGUUCAAAUCAUAUCAUAAAGUUCGCUGAUGAUAUGACUGUGGUGGGUCUUAUCAGCAAGAAUGAUGAGACAGCACACAGAGAGGAGGUGGAGAAGUUAACGAACUGGUGUAAAGCCAACAACUUGUCUCUGAAUGUAGACAACAAAUGGUUGUUGGCUUCAGGAGGACACAACACGGCCACUCCCCACUGAAGAUCAAUGGCUCCUCCAUGGAGAUCGUAGAGAGCACCAAAUUCCUUGGUGUUCACCUGGCGGAGAAUCUCACCUGGUCCCUCAACACCGGUUCCAUUACAAGGAAGGCCCAGCAGCAUCUUUACUUCCUUAGGAAACUGAGGAAGGCACAGCUUCCACCACACAUCCUCACAACCUUCUACAGAGGGACCAUCGAGAGCACCCUGAGCAGCUAUAUCACUACCUGGUUUGGGAAUUGCACUGUUUCGGAUCGCAAGAGCCUACAGCGAAUAAUAAGGACAGCAGAGAAGAUCAUUGGGGUUGUUCUUCCCUCUAUCAUGGACAUAUACACUACACGCUGCAUUCAUAAAGCCAGAAACAUUGUGGCUGACCACACACACCCCUCAUACACACUCUUUACUCUCCUACCAUCUGGAAAAAGGUACAGAAGCAUUUGGGCCCGCGCAAACAGACUAACCGUUUCUUUCCACAAGCCAUCAGAUUCCUCAACUCUCUAAAUUCUUAGAUUUAGAGCUAUAUGUAGUUCUGUUUUCUCCUUUUUUUCUUUUUAUCUAUGUUGUCUUGGUCCUGGGCAAAUGUCGUUUCAUCUCACUGUGUACUGUACUGUAUAUUGUUGACAUGACAAUAAAACCAACUUGACUUGACUUGACUUAAUACAGCAUCCAGAUUUAUCUCUCAGUCAGAAAAUCAGAAUAUAGCUUUUAAUAGAGUGCUUGGCAUGAAACGGUAUAGAAUCCUACAAAAGAGUUAAAUCAUUUAAUAAAUGCUAAGUUUAAUUUUAUUUAAAUGGCCUCAUAUUAAGUGCAAACUCCCUCUCAUAAACAUACAGAUACACACACACACACAAAUUAUCAUUGAAAAGAUUUACUUCCAAAUAUAAAAUGUUAUAUAACAACCUAUGGUUGAAAGAAUGCUCAGUUUCAUUUGCUAAUAAAUUGGUUUUUCAUAACUUGCAUCAAGUUUAAUUUUAAGUAAGCUUUUAUAUGUAGAUAUUUUGUUGAAUUUGUACAUACCCUUAAAGUGUAGAUGCUAUAUGCUAUUAGGUGUUAUAAAUAAAAAUGUUUUGGUUGUAUUGUGUAGGAUGUACUUUAACCAAUAAGGUGAUUGGUAUUUUAAAGCAUCUACCAAAAUG